AUGGCAAAGCAAAAGAAACGCCUCCGUUCUCAAAGCCAGAGGGAAGAAUCUGCACCUCGUUCACCUGUGCAGAGCAACUCUCCCUCUCCGCCUCUUGCUUCAAAGAAUCAGGAAGAAGGACAAGGGGAAAGGAACACCGAUACGCCUGUUCCCAUCACCGAAACUCCGAGAAUGGAGCAAAGGUCCCCUGUUACUGAAUUGGAAGGAGAAACAGAGCAUGUUGAUUCGACUGAUCCACAUUCAGCUACAGACCUGUCAUCAGAGGGUGGAAGAUCAAAUGGGACGACCAAAAAAAGAAAAGGAAGAGGACCAGGAAAGGGUGUAAAGCCUGUACACAACCUGUCCCUGGAAUUUCACGAUAACAGGAUAAUUACCACUCAAGCAGCCCGUGAAAUUUCAGCUAUCUUCAAAAGGAGCAUCAGUGGGCCUUUGAUUACUUUCUCAGAGUAUCCUGCAUCAGAACUAGAGACUGUGAUAGCUCAUUUCAAUAACUCAGGAUUCACUUACACUGGGUCAGAAGAGACUUUCAACGAUAUGGUCAAAGACCACGUGAAGAGAAACUUUCCCCAGUGGAUGUAUGGUCUCCGAGACUGGAUUUUCAAGAAGUAUAAGGAUAUGAAUCAGAGAAUCAACCAUCCACCACCGCAAAUUAGUCCAUCAACUUGGAGGGAGAUGGUUCAGAAAUGGACUAACCCGAAUUGGGUGGAAAUGAGUGAUAAGAAUAAAGGGAAUCGGGAGAAGAGUGAGCUUGUAGCCACUGGCGGUUCAGCACCGUUGGCCAAGUACAGACAUGAAGAGGAUCUUAACAGUGAAGCAAAUGGGGUACAAGGUCGAGUUGGGGAAACUCAGGGUAACGAUGUGGCCGACGACGAGUCCAAUGAGGAGACUGCCGGGGAGACUGUUGCUGAUGCAUGA